ACACAUCUCAACAUGCCUCACGCCGAGUAUCAGGAGACGACAAUUCAGUGGCACGAAGACCUCCUUCGUGAUGGUUUCGCGAUUGUCAAAGAUGCUGUGCCAAGGGACCGAUGUCAGUAUUACGUUGAACAAAUGUUCGAUUGGCUCGAGAAGUUUCCUUUCGGCUUUGACAGGAAUGAUCAAUCCACCUGGAUCGAGAAGAAUCUGCCAACCCACAUGAAGGGAGGAAUGUACCACGGGUACAGAGUUCAGCACGAGAAGUUCGUAUGGGAAGCCAGACAGUCAGANGAGGCUGGCGUUCUAGAUGCCUUUUCAAAGAUCUGGGGCACGAGCGAGCUCCUUGCUUCCUUCGAUGGGAUAAACUUUACUCUUCCCACUGGUUCUCCUCUGCCGCCUACAACGCCUUGGCCUCACGUUGACCAAUCGCCGAGCAGAACCGGUAUGCAAUGUGUUCAGGGUAUAGUCAAUUUCGCUCCCAAUGGUCCUGACGAUGGAGGUCUGCUGGUCAUGAAAGGUUCAACUCGCCUGAUGGAGGAGUUCUUCGCAGCUCAUCCCAGCGUUCUCGAUCGUCCCACAUGGGGCGCCUCUGAUUGGUUCUCAUUCGAACAAGAAGAGUUGGACUGGUUCAAAGAGCGUGGCUGCUCGAUCGUGAAGGUCUGCGCUGGACCUGGUGAUCUUAUCGUGUGGGACUCAAGAUGUAUACACUACAACGAGAGCCCAGAUGCAUGCUACACUCCAGCUUCAUUGGCAAAACCAGAAGAUCUGCAUAGAAAGGCGCAACUGUUUGAUCAGCGAAUUGGAACGCUACGUUUGGGAAAGCCCGAUCUUGCAGAGAGGGAUGAGCCNUUUGAGCAUCCCGAGGAGACGGACCUUGUCCAGAAAUUGGCGGGCAAGAUGCCUUAUUGA